CUCGCCCCCUCGCUCUCCUCAUCCAUCCACGCUUCCUUUUCCUCCGCUGCGUUCGGAGCGCUCGCAGGCAGGACGGCACCGGGGUCUUCCCUUCUGUCUGAUGGAGACGGGCUGAGUGAGGAGGGGCCAGGUCCGUCCGGUGGAGACCACCUUGAGGAUCUCUUGCUGAGGGGGGAGGAGCGGGCACGAAACCGGGGAGCGAGAGAGGAGGCACCGGAGCUGCAGAUCCUCCAUCGUCUGAAGGUCUCCUGCUAUUCUACUUUUAUGCUCUCCUGCCUCUCCUCCAGCGUGUCUUGGGGAUUGUGUUUGACAUGUACGCUCCCAAGAGAGUGUAGCUUGUAGUAUCGAGAGGAAAGUUUAGUGUGUGUGUGUGUGUGUGUGAGUGUGUGUCGAGGCUACUUGAAGCACAAAGAUGGGCUCGGUAGGAGCGGAGCGCCGCAGGCCCACACCGGUCCAGCUGCCCGAAGAGAGGGAUGUGUGGAGGGAGGGCGGACGAGCUGGAUGGAGGGAAGGAGGAAGGGAGGGCUGGAGGGAUGGCCGAGAAAGCGGCGUGGUGCAAAGCUACAGCUUCGACUCGUACCAGCUGGAGGAGGAGGAGAUCAGUAAAGACGCCCCGGAGCGAGGAGUGCUGGCGCUAUCCGAGCCCGACUUUGAGGAGCCGAUCCCUGACGACCGUUACCAUGGCAUCUAUUUCGCAAUGCUAUUGGCUGGCGUGGGUUUCCUGCUUCCCUACAACAGUUUCAUCACUGACGUGGACUACUUGCACCACAAGUUUAAAGGGACGCCAAUAGUGUUCGACAUGAGUCUGACGUACAUCCUGGUGGCUCUGCUGGCCGUCAUCCUCAACAACGUGCUGGUGGAGAGACUCAGCCUGCACACCAGAAUCACUGUGGGCUACAUAUUAGCUCUGGGGCCGCUGGUCUUUGUCAGUGUGUUUGAUGUGUGGCUGGCCAAGUUCACCACCAGGCAGGCUUAUAUCAUCAACCUCGUGUCAGUGGGAGUGGUGGCCUUCGGAUGUACAGUGCAGCAGUCUAGUUUCUAUGGUUACAUGGGGAUGCUGCCCAAGAGGUACACGCAGGGGGUGAUGACUGGAGAGAGCACAGCAGGUGUGAUCAUCUCCCUGUCGCGCAUCUUCACCAAGCUGCUGAUUCCCGACGAGAAGAAGAACACGCUCAUCUUCUUUCUGGUCUCCAUCAGCAUGGAGAUGCUCUGCUUCCUACUUCACCUGCUCGUCCGCCGCUCUCAAUUUGUCCGCUACUACACCAACAGCGCCCAAGGCAAAGGGCCGGUCAAAGGUCACGACCUGCACGACAACGGGACUGGAUACCGAGUUCACCAUGAUGUCACUGCGGAGGAAGUGCGAUUUGGAAAUGGUGGGACAGCACCGACCCUGACAGAGGAAGUCGUUGAGGACUUUGAGGGUGGGACGUACGUGCGAUUUGAUGCCCCGAAAGCCAAGAUAAGGAGGAGCUGGCCUGGUGUCCGCGACAUGAUCUUGCAUCGUUACGUGGUGUCCCGUGUGAUAUGGACCUACAUGCUGUCUAUAGCAGUGACUUACAGCAUCACCUUGUGUCUGUUUCCCGGGCUGGAGUCAGAAAUACGAAACCACACCUUAGGAGAGUGGUUCCCUAUCCUCAUCAUGGCCACCUUCAACAUGUCGGACUUUGUUGGCAAGAUCCUUGCAGCGCUGCCGUACGACUGGUCCGGAGGCCGCCUGCUCUUCUUCUCCUGCCUGAGGGUGGUCUUCAUCCCUCUGUUUGUCAUGUGCGUGUACCCGGCCAGCGCGCCCACCCUGUCCCAUCCCGCCUGGCCCUGUCUCUUCUCCCUCCUCAUGGGAGUCACCAACGGCUACUUCGGGUCUGUGCCGAUGAUCCAGGCUGCGGGCAAAGUGCCGCCCGAACAACGGGAGUUGGCCGGGAACACCAUGACGGUCUCCUACAUGACCGGCCUGAUGGUGGGCUCCGCCGUGGCGUACGCAGCUUACAGCUUCGCGGCUCCAGGACCAGGAACACACAACACCACACUCAACAUGCACACACACGUCAACGCUACUGGGUACUGAAUAUCUAAACACAAUGAAACACAAUCACGGAUGUAAACACACAUACACGUACAUGCCAUUUACAAACACAAUAUCCUGGCCAGGGGAAGCAGCGUAGACUGGUGGACUCAAAUCCAGCUGCGGAGGACGAAAAGACAUCGGCAAAGAACUCUUUAAAGGUUCAUGUUCAUACUCGGAGAGAUGUAUUCUCCUUUGUCCAGUCCAUGCUUCCAUGUGGCUCACUGGAUAAAGAAAGUGGAAUAAGAUACAAAAAGAAUGGAGGAAAUUAUGUUAAACAGUAAAAACGUAGCACAUUUCUCCACUUUGUCGUUCUCCAGCCUGGUGGCUCACUGACCUUCAAAUGCUACAGCUCUGCUGUGAUGAACUUUUCCCUGGAGGUGAAGAACAGGAGCUGGACAUUUGUCAACAGAAUCCCUUAAAGUGUCUCACAUGAAAUUAUUGUCUGCAUGUGUGUGCGAACCGACUGGCUGACAUUUGUUCAGUGUAAAGUCAAGUGGUUCUUCGCUGCAGGGAACGAAAAAGUUCACAGUUUUGGAGGAGACUGUGUGUCACAGGUCACAUUGGAUACAUUUCACAUUGUUGAUAUUCAGAGUGAUAUUCCCGGACCCGUUGUUUCAGCUGUUUCCUAAUUAUAAUCUCUGACAACCUCUGACCGCACUAUUUAAACACCACAAUAAGAGCCACUCAAAGGCUCAAUUUAAUUCACAGUGAAACAGAAGCUCCUGCCGUGUGACCUAUUUGCGAGUAUAAUGGAAUAUGUGGAAUUAUGAGACGGAAAUCCAGUCGCCCCAAAUCCCAUCUGAUUGGAUAUGUUUAAGUACAAGUUCAAGAGUCAUCAGAGAUAUUCUAAUCAUUUACAGGAAGAGCAACGAUUAGAUAUAAAAUUCUCCCAAAUAAUUUUUUUCACAGGAGUGAGAACUGUUGACAUUGUAACACAGAAAUAGAACUAGGAAAAUCUGUUUUUAUUUUUAUUUUACUUCUCCUUAUAAGGAAUUACAGUUUUCUAAUUAAUGACAGACAAGAUACUGUCACAACUUGAUUUUCUCUGAGUUGUUAAGAUAUUUAAAUUAAAUCCAUCCUUUUUGAUGCAUCAACUGGAAAAGCGUCAGUUGUAUUUACUUUCAAUAAUGAAGAACAUUAUUCUCAUCAGCCGUAUAAGUAUAUAUAAAUAAAUAAAUACAAUAAAAAAGAAUAAUGUUAAACCUAUAUAGAGUCAUUAUGAUUAUGUGCAUUAGCAGCUUCUCUGUUCGUUUUACUUACAAUAAUGCCAAGAGAAGAAGAAAAUGAAUGACUUUCUGUCUGUUUCAUUUGGGUUCCACAUCUCUUCUUGUAGCAUAUGAUGGAUGGAAAGAGAACAUAUGUUGGUAUAAAUGUACCAGAUGAGGUAGCAUGAAGAUAGCUGUGUCUUGCAGUUGUGGUUUUGAAAAAUGGUUUGUGUCCACUCUGUGUCCCUCUGAACGGUGUCUGUGUGUAACAUUCAUGUAAUGAUGUGGGAUAUUCUGGGAAAAACAUAUACGUGCCAAAAUGUCUGCCUGUUUCUGAUCAGUGUUAGUACCUGAGAAAAGAGAGAGUGUAACUCUGUGAACAAUUGAUCAGGAUGAAAGUUGUAAAUAUAUAGAAUGAAAAGCA